AUGGGCAUGAUGUCCUCUCGUCGGGAGGGGGACGUAUCCUCUUCGCUGUCGGAAGAUUCGGAGACUGCUGUUUCUUUGAAUUCUUCAAGCGGGAGACAGGCGAGCGGAAGCGUGCCAGCAACCACCCCGUCUCCAGCUGCGCCUCGUGCGUCAGAAGCCCCGUCGUCCAGAGCUGCUGCGUUGCUUGCCUCGCAAGUGUUUCCGCAGAAACUCGACCAGUGCGUAGAGGCUGCCUGCCGCGACCGGAUCGGAACAGAGGACGCGCAAAUGGACGAAGGUGACGAUCCCCCUGAUCGAAUGUCAAUUGGGCGCGCUGCAUGGGGCUUUCUUCAUUCUUCCGCCGCGACGUGGACAGACGACCAGUCAACGGUAGACCAGCACAAGAGACGAGAGUGGUUAAGAUCCUUCUUCGCUCUUUAUCCCUGCGUCCAUUGCCGCACGCACUUUGCACCGUACUUCCAGACUCACCCCCCGGUCGUCUCUGGCGGGAGAACCUCCCUCUCGCUGUGGACCUGCGAUGCCCAUAAUCACGUGAAUGAAUAUUUACAAAGACCAACGCUCCCUUGUGAUUCCGCCCAGCUUCUCCGCCGGUGGGCAUCCGUCCGGUGGCCAGAAGACGACUAA